ACAUAAUAAAUUGAUAAUAUGUCGCCCGUCAUCUUUUGUUGCGGAGUUACUUCGUAAUUUUAUUGAUUGUUUCGGGUUUAUCGCACAGAAAUUUUUAUUGUCUACUGAGUUAUUUAGUAUUGUUUCAAUGUGAUUCUUCAAAUCGCAAAUAGUGCGGAUAUAAUGCGUUUUUAUCAAGUUGCAGUGUUGCUAACAGACUUCGUUAGACAUUUUGUUUAAGUUCUUACGGACAUGCUUCUGUAAAAAUGGUUACGUCUAAUAAAUUGCCCGAUAAAAAAGUCGUCAAGAUGGCUGAGCAAAACAACAGUGUUGUGGUGCCCCAAAGAACUUUGUUAGGAGAUAUAAAUGUUCAUAUUACAUGUCCUAUAUGCCGUGGUUACUACAUCGACGCCACGACCAUAGUCGAGUGUUUACAUUCGUUCUGCCGAAGCUGCAUCAUAAAGUAUUUGCAGGUCAAUAGAAACAAUAGUUAUUGUCCAGUAUGCGAAAUGAUGAUUAACUCUUCUAAACCCAAUAUUAAGUUAGAUAAAGCUCUUCAAGAUAUUGUGUACAAACUCGUGCCAGGUCUUUUCCAGAAGGAAAUGGAAAGACGCCAAAAAUUUUAUGCUUCUCGACCUGGUCCAGCUGCAACAGCAACACCUGAACAGAGAGGUGAAGAUACUGAAAGGAUCAUCUUUAGUCCAGAAGAUGUUAUAUCAUUUUCUUUAGAAUAUGCUGAUGCUACUACUGAUAAUGACAGUAUUUCCAGCAAAUCCUCAGACAGCAAUGAGUCUCAGCUUUCAUCAAAUAUAGCAAGGAGAUACUUACAAUGUCCAGCAGUCGUAAACAUUAGCCAUUUGAAGAAAUUUAUUUGUAUGAAGUAUGAUAUUGACAGUACUCAAUUUGCUAUUGAUAUACUCUACAAGAGAGUACCAUUACCUGAUUAUUACACAUUAAUGGAUAUAGCUUAUAUUUACAACUGGAAAAGAAAUGAACCCAUGAGAUUUUUCUACCAAAUAAUUGAUUAUGUGGCUAUUCGUAAUAGAUUAUUUGAUAUCAAUAGAAAAGGUUCACAUUUCCAAAACCGAAAGCCAAAUCCUCCUUUUGACGAUGUAAGUAGUACUGCUCCAAAUUUGAAUGACCAGGGCUCGGAGGCCUCAUCAGGAACUGACAGUCCUAUGCCUGAUGAAAGUUCUAAGCAAGUUGAUAAAAAUAUUGAGAAAUCUGAUAAGGUAACUAAGUCUACCAAUGAACAAGAUGUGAUAGUAAAUAGUAAUACUGUUUCUUCACCAUCCAACAAGAAAAAUGAGGAAGAUGUUGAAAAAUCACAAUUCUUGAACUCGUUUGAACUUACAGCUAAGAACACUACUCCAACAAAAUCUUCACCAUCUAAGACAGAACCUAUUUCUAAUGUGACUGAAGUUACUGCUAAAAUUCCAAGUUCUACAAAGACUGAUGACAUCUUGAAGAGAAAACAUGAGAAAUCACCUAACUUGCCAGAAAUAAAGAAAAUCAAAAUUGAAUUGGAAAAGACAAAGAUGCCUGAAUUAGCAAGUAACUCUACUAUAUCAACUAAUACUAGUCCAUCUUCUAAGUCUACCAUAAUAAAUAACAAGAAUACAGAAAGCAUAGCAGAAACUGCCAAAAGUACAGAAUUAACAACCCCACAAUCACAUAAUUCACAUUCAACUGGAAAAACAAAAGAAUAUAGCAGUAUCAAACAUUCCACAGUGCCACCUUCAACAAAUAAAGUAUUAGCACCAGUUUUAACGCCAAUGAAAGAUAUUAAACCACAUGUAGCAUCUCCUGGAAAGCAGAUUCCACUACCAGACAGCCCAGGAAUGAAAAGGCCUGUUACUGUCCCUCAUACCACAUCACCAAAACGUAGACCCAUUGAGACAACCACAUCAACUACACCUACUCAGUCUCCUGUGACCCAGAAAUCCGUCACUCCAUUAAAAUUACAAAUGCCAAAAUUGCAAGAGGCACAAUCAACAUCACCGUCUACAUCUAAUGUAAGCUCUAAAGUUACAGAAGUUUCAAAACCCACAGUUAAGAAAAUUCCUGAUUUAAAGCCUAGUAUUCUAACAUCUUUGCCAUCUCAAAACAAAAGUCAGCCUGUAAAUAAAGUUAGAAUGGAUCUAUUGGCUAACAAUUGUGAUCCAACUAUGGAUAGGAGCAAAAUUUUGUCUCACGUAAAGGUUCAUAACACUGGUCAACCAUCAUCAUCAGGAGAUCCUUUGAAAUCUUUAUUUGAUUCUUGUAAAAUAAAUAUUCCGUCAUCACUCUCUAUCACAUUGACAGAUCAGAAGUUAGAUCCACGUAAUCCAGUGGAAUCAACUAGUACAGAUUUAAAAAAUAAUGUUGUAAAUAAGAACCUUGCUGGUGCCAAUAAUGGUAGCACACAUAAAGUACCAAGCCCCCCUGUGCACAAUUAUAUAGAGAUUUUAAAAUUGCCGGACAAUGACCCUAAAAAACAAACUAAACUAGAGAAUGUGGGUGAUACACGGGCUGCUGCUCCGAACAGAGCUGAUGGACUUCCAAAUCAACCGAAGCUGCCACCCAAAACAUUUGAAUCGUCUGCCAAAGGACCAAUACCAAAUUUGAAACCCAUAGCAGAUACAAAACUGGGUAAAUCGUCUGGAAACUAUGCAUCGCCUAUUACAUUUCAACAAACUUUUGAAAAGCAAUUGCAAUCUUUACAGUCUGAUAAAAAACCCAAAUUACCAACAGCAAAGGGUCAAGUGCCAAAACUGAUGCCAGCCACACCUAAAGCAUUUGGUGCUGUAAGCAAGCUUGGUAGCUCUACUAGUAAACCUGGUCCAAGUGCUCCUGCCUCAAAUCCUGAGAGUAAACCUAGUACAGCCCUUGACUUGUCUUCUCCACAACCUAAAUUACCAAAAUCAAAAGGACAAGUACCAAAGCUAGUACCGGCUACUCCAAAAUCAUUUAAUACUGUUAACAAACCUGGUAGUUCUAUUAGUAAGCCCAAUCAAAACACUCAUAUGCCAAAUCCUGAAAAUAAACCUAGCACUGCCCUUGAUUUGACAACACCACAUAAUAUUCCAAGUCAAUUAAGCCCGCAUUUAACAAAGGCUCUUGAAACAAUGCAGUCAAUCGCUAAUUUGGCGAAAACCUUUAGGAUUCCAGGCCCCACAGGUUGGCCCCACUAUUUUAUGGCUGCAGUUCAGACGACGAUUCCUUUUAAAUCCCGCAAAAAUGCUUAUGCUAGGAACGCGAAAGGUAAAGUUAACGUAGAAAAUGUAAAUAUUUUAAAUACCAGAGAACUGAGGAAAACGAAUAAAUUGAAAAGACACAUUGAAGAUCGUGACUGUAAUGAUGAAAGUGAUUUUCAUAACGAUUCAUGUUCUCCACCAAAAACAACAAAGGAUCUUUUAACUGAAGAGAAGGAAAACGAUUCGAAAGGGAGAUUAAAGAAAGAAUCUGUAAAGAAUAGUACACCAAAUGCUCAAACACCAAAGCCUUUAACAAGUCGGGAGACAGAGAUUGAGUGGUUAGACAAUUUUUUAACCGAGCACAUGGAGUCAGAAGAAUCUGCAUCUCUGUACAUUUCUGGACAACCAGGGACAGGGAAAACGGCUAGUUUGGGCUAUAUACUGCAAUUACAUAAGUUCCAAGAAGGCUACAAACAAGUGUACGUGAACUGUACUAUGAUGAAGUCCGCCACGAGCAUUUACAACAGGAUCUGCAAGGAACUGCAGCUGCAGACAGCAGGCACCACCGAGAAGGCUUGUCUUGCUGCCAUUGAGAAGUACUUGAACAAGAAACAUAAAAUGAUUUUAUUGGUCCUCGACGAAAUAGAUCAACUGGAUAGCAAAAAGCAAUCAGUUUUAUACACAAUAUUCGAAUGGCCUGCCUUAGCAAAUUCGCACAUUGUACUAAUUGGUAUAGCAAACGCUCUAGAUCUGACAGAACGUACGUUGCCAAGGUUACAAGCGCGUUGUUCCCUGCGCCCGCGCACUUUGCACUUCGCGCCAUAUACAAAGGAACAGAUUAUAAAUAUAUUUACAACUGUAUUGGCUAGUGAAGACAAGACGAAGCUGUUUUCGCCUAUCGCUUUGCAGAUGCUUGCAGCAAAAAUUGCUGCAGUAUCUGGGGAUAUGAGACGAGCAUUAGACAUAGGACGGCGAGUCAUAGAGCUCGCAAAACGCAGCAAAUUCUCAGAAAACAAAUCUGUGGAUUCAAUGCUAAUGGACUCUACAGUGACUGUUGAAAUCAAACAAGUUUUAGAAGUACUCAAUGACGUUUAUGGAGGAUCCAGGAAAAUGGAAAGCGACGUGGAUGAAGGAUUUCCGAUGCAACAAAAGUUGAUAUUAUGCAGUUUAAUGUUAAUGCUUACUAAAGGAAAAAGCAAGGACAUUGUUAUGGGGAAACUUCAUGACGUAUAUAAGAGAGUGGCGGCAGCUCGCAAUAUAGCGCCCCUAGACCUAAGCGAGAUGGCCGGAGCGUGUUCUCUUUUGGAAGCCCGCGGGGCUCUACGCGUCGGAGGAACGGGCGCCGCUCGCACCCGCCGCUUACGCCUGCAAUGGGACGAGUCGGACUUGACCGCUGCACUCAGAGACAAACCCUUACUCUCGUCUAUACUUGGCGACGUUAGCUGUCUUUCUGCGUGACACUGAAGAAGACUAUUGCCAACAGUAGACGCCAAAGCAGUACUUUAAGCCAAUUUUCAUUUUCUGUGUUCAUCAUGAUGAACACAAAACUGUUUUAUACAGUGUUAUUUUUUUAAAUGAG